CAUUUAUCUUUUAGCAUGUUGUAAAAUCCAAACGAAGCUGAAAUGUUUUAAGAAAAAUGGCUGAGCGACCAAGAACAUCCCAUAAACCUAGACCUAGAGUGCAACAUACUGAUAAUGAAGAGGUUCAAUUACCUGAAGAUGUUUCAUUCCCCCUUGUGCCUACUCAUGAUGUGAAUGCAUUCCCUGAUACGGAAAGUGAUUCUCAAGAUAAAGGGGAUUCCACCAGUGAUUUGAGGACAAAGUUUACAAAAAAAGUACAAAACUGGGAAGUGAAACAAUCUAAACCGAUAGAUCUCUUCAAAAAAGUUAAGAGACCAUGGUCUGCAGCAGGCAAGAUUCAGCCAGUAAUUGAGAUGACUGAACGGCCAGGGACAGCACCAACUGCUGUGGCUACCCCUGACCCUAUCUCUGCUACAAUCAAAGAGGAAACAUCAUUUGAAAAUCCUGUGGCUGAAGAUGUAUCCAAUGAAAGAGUAAAAUCUCCGAUUGCCUGGGCCUCAUCUGAGGAUUCCAAUGAAAAUAUUCCUGUACCAGAUGGUAUAAACUUUGUCAACAAAGCUGCUAUAGAAGGUGAAGCAUUGAAACCAGAAAGUAAUGUUAUAGAGGAGAUUACAAGAGCUCCUACACCUGUUAGAACAGCUUGGGAUGAACAGAUUAAACGUGACAUGGGCUCCAGAAAGAGUUCAACUGCAUCCAGAGAAAGCAACAGAACCUUGGGCGAUGAUCUCUCUGCAUUGCGCCCUCAAGCAUAUGUUCCAUACAAUGUGGCUAAGAAGAAUAUUAACAGAGUCAUCUCUGAUAUGAAUCUGAUGAGGGAGGACCACAGGAGGGCACUGACGGAUGUUAACAGGAUCUAUAAAGAGAUUGAAGUCGAAACUCAGAGUACGUUUACGGAGUUUGUGACAGAGCUAAGGCACGACUAUCGGGAUAAAGUUAAAGCUUUUACCCACAUUAUUGACAUCUGCAUGAAGGACAAUGCAAGGAAAGAGGAAGACUGGAAACUACAAACUGAGAGUUUGAAGGAUUCUAAUUUAAAGCUUGUUGGAGAGGUGAAUGAAUUGAUCGAGUAUAACCAGAAACAGAAAGAUAUGCUCAGUAAAAAUAAUGCUAAAGAAAUAGCACAGCUAAGACAAGCAAUGACAGAAGAACGAAGACAACUGCUAUUAUCAUUACAAGCUAGAGAGGAAUCAUUGAGAGAGAAAUAUGAGAUUCACAUCCAACAAAUGGAGGACAGAAAUAGGAGGAAGAUUGACAUCCUCAUCAAACAGCAUCAAUCGAACAUACAACUGAGAGAAGGUGUCUUUGCGAAUCAGUACGACACGCAGACCAAAGAAAAAGAGGGCAAACUUGCUGAGAUGCGGGAAUCUCACAUCCUGGAGCUGAAAGCAGCAGCAGAUGAAGAAGAGAAGAGAAUGAUCGAGAUGAGGGAGGAGGAAAGGGUGAGGUUAGAGAAACUUCAGAAUGAGAAAGAGGAAGAGAUUAAAAGGAUUGCUGAGGAACGAGAUAAGUUGGAGAAGGAGUGGCUAGCUGAACGGGACCUCAUUAAUGGGGAAUUUCAGACGAAGAUAGAUGGACUCAACAAAACUAUUGAAGACAGCGAGUCACAGAUAACGGUACACGAGGAUGCACUGUCAGAAUACAAGUUGAAAGUUGAAGAGGAUAUGAAGGAGUUUGAGGUUCAGCGCAAGGCAGAGAUGGAGCGAGUCAGAACUGUAGCUUCUGAGGAGGAGAAAAAGAGAAUCAUGGAAGAAUUGGAGGUAAAUAAGCGGAGAACAGAACGGAAAAUGAGGAACUCUUUGGCGAACAUCCAGUUCCACGAGUCCCAGAAGCAGACUCUUUUGGGGAAGAUGGACUACGCCGAAAACCAGCUGAGAGAAGCGGAGGUAGAACAGGAGGAGGCGGAAGCGGAAGUGACGCACGAGAAGAACCAAAGACUGAAGGAGUUUAAAAGUGAGGAAGAGGUGAAGUCAGCUGAGUUGGAGCACAUCAAAUCUGAGCACUCCGCAGCAGUCCUUGCUACAGCAGAAGUGCUUGCUUCAGCAGUGCUUGCUGCCGCUGAAAGUGAAAGCACGGAACGUCUUGAACCAGAACAAGCACCUGGCGCUGAGUCUUCUACAACAACUUCCCCUGAUAGUGUGUCUAUUGAUAAACAUGAUUUAUCAACAAACAGAGAAAAUGUUGAGCUGAAGAACAAAAUGGAACUUCUUAUAAUUGAGUUAAAUAAUGCUAAAGAAGAAACGAAGCUAGCAAGAGAGGAGGUAGAAAGAGUAAGAGAAGAAAAUACGAAGAAAUUUGAAGAUGAGAAAAAACUAGCUGAAGCUAACUCUAAUUCUCGUGAAGCAGAGUUACGAAGCAAAAAGGAUGUGAUUGCUGAUUUGAGGAAACAGAUAACAGACUUAGAAGCAAAAACUAUAGCUGAUUUACCACAAGAUGCUCAACAAACUAUCCAGACAUUUCAAGACAGGUUGGUCACACUGGAGCAAGAAGUCGAAAGUAAGGAUGAACUGAAGAAUAAACUGGAACUGUCAAUUGAGCUGGAGAGAACUAGAGCUACUUCACUUCAAGAAGACGUUCAUAGAUUAAAUCAAUCCCUGGCAGACAUGGACGUAAAACUAUCAGAUGUGAAAGAAGAGAAAGAUAAUGAAAACAAAUCUCUCUUGAUACGGUGUCAAGAGGCAGAGACAACAAAGCUUGUUGGGAAGGAAUCUGCAAAUAAAGAGCUAGAAAUUAUUGAACUCAAAAAUAAUCUGGAGCAGCUUUAUUCGGAGUUGAACAGCAGUAAAGAAGAAGUUAAGUCCGUGCUGGAGAAGAUGGAGAAGCAAGAAGAAGGAAAUGAGAAGAAGAUUGAAGAUGAGAAGAAACUGACAGAAGCUAACUCCAAGUCUCAUCAAACAGAAUUACAAAGCAAACAAGAUAUCAUUACUGAUUUGAGAAGUCAGAUCUCAAGUUUGGAAUCAGAGAAGUUGGCUACUCUACCAACUGAUGCCCAGGACACAGUCAAGACAUACCAAGACAGGUUAACAGUGUUGGAACAAAAGAUUGAGGAAAACGAUGAGGCGAAGAACAAACUGGAACUGUCGGUAGAGUUAGAGAAAACUAAAGCCUCUUCUCUGGAUGAAGAUGUUGGCAGAUUGAACCAGACUAUUGCUGAUUUGAGUGCAAAGCUCUUACACCUAAAAGAAGACAAAGACCAGGAAGUCAAAGCUUUACUAACGAGAUGUCAAGAUGCAGAAAAGAAAAAGCAGAUCGAGGGAGCGGCAAUCAACGUUACUCAACUAGCUAUAGCAAACAUAACUUCUCCAUCUCAACUAGAGAUGACAAACUCUCCGUCCACUAAUCAAGUGGUCAUAGAACUUACAAACAAUAUGGAACAACUAAAAUCAGAGUUGAACAGCAGUAAAGAAGAAGUUAAGUUCGUACUGGAGAAGAUGGUGAAACAGGAAGAAGAAAAUGAGAAGAAGAUUGAAGAUGAGAAGAAACUAACAGAAGCUAACUCCAAGUCUCAUCAAACAGAGUUACAAAGCAAACAAGAUGUAAUUGCUGAUUUGAGGAAACAGAUAACAGACUUAGAAGCAAAAACUAUAGCUGAUUUACCACAAGAUGCUCAACAAACUAUCCAGACAUUCCAAGACAGACUGGUCACACUGGAGCUAGAAGUUGAAAGUAAGGAUGAACUGAAGAAUAAACUGGAACUAUCAGUUGAGCUGGAGAGAACUAGAGCUACUUCACUUCAAGAAGACCUUCAUAGAUUAAAUCAAUCCCUGGCAGACAUGAGUACAAAGCUAUCGAAUGUAAAAGAAGAGAAAGAGAAAGAAAACAAAUCUCUACUGAUAAGGUGUCAAGAGGCAGAGAAAACAAAGCAUCUGGUAGAGGAGACUGCCAGUAAAGAACGUAUUGAUCUCAAGAACAAUCUGGAACAGCUAAAUUCGGAGUUGAACAGCAGUAAAGAAGAAGUUACGUCCAUACAGGAGAAGAUGGUGAAAAAGGAAGAAGAAAAUGAGAAGAAGUUUGAAGAUGAGAAGAAACUGACAGAAGCUAACUCCAAAUCUCAUCAAACAGAGUUACAAAGCAAACAAGAUAUUAUUGCUGAACUGAGAAAACAGAUAUCUGAGUUGGAAGUAAAGACACUUGCUGAACUACCACCGGACGCACAAGAAACUAUCCAAUCGUACAAAGACAGGCUCGCCUCGUUUGAGGACAAGGUUGAGGGUAAUGAUGAGAUCAAAAAGAAGCUGGAACUUGCUUUAGAGCUGGAGAAAACCAAGGCUACUUCAAUAAAAGAAAACAAUGAGCGAUUAAGCAAGUCUCAAGCAGACCUAAAUACAAAACUAGAAAGCUUGAAGGAAGAGAAAGAGAAAGAAAUGAAGGUUUUACUGACACGAUGUCAAGAAGCGGAGAAGAGAAGUUAUUUUGAGGGAGCUGCAAUUAAUGUGGCUCAGCUAGCUGUAGCGAAUGCUGGUGAAAUUGCUGUGCCAACUCAGGCAGAGACAGCAGCUGUAAAGGAGACUGGGCUUGAAUCCAACAAAAUAGCUGAUAUGACAUCUGAAAAGAAUGAACUUGCAGGCCAGAUCAACAAACUGAAACAGGACUCUGGACAUAAAACCAAAACCAUCGCUUCUCUGAAAUGGCGACUUCAGGGGGAGAAAGCGAAGAGUGACUCGUUUGAAAAACACCUCAAGAUGGUUUUGGCAGAGAGUUGUGAGGAUGAAAAACAGAGAAAACACAACAACAAACGCCUGACGGCCAAACAAACAGAACUGGAUUCGAUCAGACAAAACAAGGACGAGUUGGAGCGCGAGUUGGCUGAAUGGAAAGUAAAGGCAGAAUCCAACGACACCUUCCAAUCCUACAUAACUGCUAAAGAGGAGGAGAUUGCUUCUCUUAACCAAAAGGAGGAGAGUUUUGUGAAGAGUGUAAAAGCGCUGACUCUGUUGUACGACGGUGAGAUUAGUGAGGACAUCAUACCAGCCAGCUCUUCUCUACUGGGAGAUCCUGUAGGAGACACAAAGCUUACAGAGGGUGGGGAUGUGGAGAAUGUGGAGAAUGUGGAGAAUGUGGAGAAUGUGGAGGAAACUGUGAGAACUGUUUCUGCUAGUGGGGAGAAUGUUGUGUCAGGAGAGAAUAGCGAGCAGAUCCAGCAGCUUAGUGACCAGGUGACCACACUGACGGAGGAAAUAGAGUCGCUAACUGAGGAAAAAGACACACUGACUGAAGAGAAGAGGCUAUUGGAUAGCAGUAAACAAGAAGUGACGUUAGCAAGAGAAGAGACAAAAAAGGUUAAAGAAGAAAAUGAGAAGAAACUGGAAGAUGAGAAGAAACUGACAGAAGCUAACUCCAAAUCUCAUCAAUUGGAUUUACAGAAUAAGUUAGACAUCAUCACUGGUCUCAGGAACCAGAUUACAGACUUAGAAGCAGAAAAGCUGGCAAACCUACCACCUGACGCUCAAGAGACUAUACAGACGUACAGGGACAGGUUAACAUUGUUGGAACAAGAGAUGGAGGGGAACGAUGAUAUGAAGAAUAAACUGGAGCUAGCGGCAGAACUGGAGAAAACAAAAGCUAAUUCUCUUCAAGAAAGUAAUAAGAGAUUGAACCAAUCCCUGGCUGAGUCGAGUGCAAAGCUAUCAAGUCUAAAAGAAGAAAAGGAAAAAGAAAUCAAAUCUUUGCUGAUACGAUGUCAAGAAUCAGAGAAGAGUAAGCUUCUAGAUGAGAAAGAAGAGAAGAAGAAUGAAGCCUCGGGAGAAAAAAACAAGAUAAAGCAACUCACUGCUGAAGCAAAGAAGCUUAACGCGAAACUGUCCAAACUAGAGGAUGAUGUGGAACUGAAGACACAGCAACUAAAGGACACUAAAAAAGCGCUGAAGGAAGCGAAACAAGAAGCAAAGAAAGCAGCAGCAUCGCCUGGUGGUCCGGGUAGGAGGGGAGGUAAAGGAGGUGCUGGAGCGGUGGGUGGGGCAUCUGAUGCCCAGGUAAAAGCGCUCAAAGACAAAAACACCGUCCUGAAGAAGCAGGUAGACGAAACUGAGAGCGAAAUGGCAGAGCUAAACAAGAAAUUGCGAGCGGCUCAGGCAGAGGCGAAGAAAGCGGUAGAAGCGGUCAAAAACAACAAAGACACCAAAAAACUGGAACUAACGAAGAAAGUUCUAGACGACACGAAGUUAAAGUUGGGAAAAUUAGAGGAGAUAAAGGCGGAGUUGGAGAAAGAGAGCGAGAGAAACAAGAAAGAGAUGUCGGAGAUGCAGAACCAGAUCAAGAGUCUGAGUGUGGCAGCGGCGGAGGGAGAGAGACUGGCCGGGGAGUGUGAGGAAAUGAAGGGUGAACUGAAAACCAUACGCAGUGAGAAUGCUGAGCUUGUAGAGAACUACAACAGUGAGCGAGUGCUACGUAAGAAGUACUACAACAUAAUAGAAGACAUGAAAGGGAAGAUCCGGGUGUAUUGCAGAGCAAGACCUCUGUCAGGAUCCGAGAAAGAGAGGGGGAACCACUCCGUCAUCCUCUCCCCUGAUGAGUACACAGUACAGGUGCAGACCAAGAGAGGGGUCAGGGAGUUUGCGUACGACCAGGUAUUCACCCCUGACACGCGCGGCUCACAAGACAACGUGUUUGAAGACGUCAAGAUGCUGAUCCAGUCUGCAGUAGACGGUUAUAACGUGUGUAUAUUCGCGUACGGACAGACAGGGUCUGGUAAAACGUUCACAAUGAUCGGGGGUGGAAAGGGAACGUUUCCAGGCGUCGCACCACGUGCAUACAGCGAGAUAUUUGAGCUUCUACACUCUAACGAGAAGAAGUUCUCUUUUACAGUUUCGGUGUACAUGGUAGAACUGUAUAACGACCAGUUGCUGGAUCUAUUCGAUAAGGCCCAUACUUCUAAACUAGACAUAAAGAAAGAUAAGAAAGGUAUGGUGGUGAUACAGAACGCCGUUAUAAAGGAUGUGACGACAGUAGAAGAGCUGCAAGCAGUGUUUGAUGCGGGAAGUAAGAACAGACACGUGGCGUGCACCAAGAUGAACGCUGAAAGUUCUAGAUCUCAUCUUGUUAUUGGAAUUGUCAUUGAGACGACCAAUUUAACAACUGGAGCUGUGAUGCGAGGCAAGCUCAGUUUGGUAGAUCUAGCUGGGUCGGAACGUGCUGCUAAGACGGGGGCAACACCAGAGCAGCUUAAAGAAGCUCAAAGCAUCAACAAGUCAUUGUCAGCACUUGGGGAUGUUAUUGGAGCCCUCAGUCAAGAAGCUAAUUUCAUUCCUUAUAGAAACAACAAACUGACUAUGCUAAUGCAGGACUCUCUGGGUGGGAACGCCAAGACUCUGAUGUUUGUAAACAUUUCCCCUGCUGACUACAACGUGGACGAGACAGUCGUUUCGCUAACGUAUGCCUCUCGAGUCAAGCUGAUAACAAAUGAUGCUAGCAAAAAUGCUGACAACAAAGAAAUUGCCAGAUUGAAAGGGAUCAUCGCUAAAUUGAAGAAAGGAGAAAAUCUGGGUGAAGAUGACGAGCCAUAACUUCACUGCUCUAUAUAAGGAACAGUUCAACUCAUAUCCUAAAUUCUUAGCACGAGAACAAGAAAAAUUGAAUAAGUAAAUGGGAGUUGUUGAUUUGUUGUUAGACAGUAGGUUUCAUCUUCAUAUAAAGAAUCAAAAGCGACAAAAUCUGAAAAAGGACUUGUUUCGGUAUAUAAUCUUCCUGAAAUCAGAAAUGAUAAGGCGACAAAAGCUUGUCAGAAAGAACAAACAUGUUCCACGCCUCCCGACCCUUCCAAUGACAUAAAAACUGAGACUGACGGUCAAGAGAGACUUCAAACCAAUAUAAUUUAUUGAAGAUUGGAAACUUUACAUUCGAUCUUUUUACAAUGAAGGUUGUGACAUCGGUGGUUGAAGCUCUUUUAAUUCCUGUACAGCAAAAUGACAAGUGAUUGACGGCUUCCUGUGUAUUAUAUUUUAAAGUAAUUGAAAGAUUAGUCGUGAAAUUGUAG